AGGAUGCGUCAUGUCCAGCUCGUGAUGGGGCCUGCUGGAUGCGGCAAGAGCACCUACUGUCACACUAUGUAUGAGCAUGGAUUAGCAAGCAAGCGGUCCUUUCAGAUUGUCAACCUCGACCCGGCGGCGGAACAUUUCAAGUACCCGGUCACUGUAGAUGUAAGGGAGUUGAUCUCGCUAGAUGAUGUCAUGGAGGAGCUGGACUAUGGCCCCAACGGAGGCCUUGUGUACGCCUUUGAGUACCUUGACGAAAACCUCGAGUGGCUGCGGGAGCAGCUGGGGGAUUCCGAUGACGAUUAUUUCAUCAUGGACUGUCCGGGUCAGAUUGAGUUGUACUCUCAUGUGCCAGUCAUGAAGAAUCUUGUUCAGGCUCUUCAACGAUGGGGGUUCAUGGUUUGCGGGGUGUAUGUGAUAGAUUCACAAUUCAUAGCUGAUCCUGGAAAGUUCAUCUCUGGCUGUCUUGCUUGUCUCUCAGCGAUGGUGCAACUUGAAAUCCCGCAUGUCAACGUCCUCACUAAGAUGGACCUCGUACGGAAGAAGAGAAGUUUCAUGGAGAAGUUCUACCAGCCAGACAUCGACGAGCUCAUAGCUGAUCUCAACGCAGACUCAAAUCCUGCGAUGUACAAGUUGAACCAAGCCAUGGGCUCUCUACUCGACGACUACAGCCUUGUUGGGUUCCUGCCGUUGAACAUCUACGACCCUGACAGCGUCAUCUUUGUCCUGUCGCACAUCGACAACGCGAUACAGUAUGGGUAA